UCAGCCGCCAUUACAGUAAGAAGAAGAAGAGCGGGCGUUUUCGUGUCUUGUUAUCGUUUUACAUUUUAACGACAUUAUUUACAAAGUAUGCGGUGAGAAGUAACACGCUGUGUGUGUUUUCCUGAGCACGAUGGCGACCCAGAGAGUGCUCCCUCAGAGCAAAGAGACUCUGCUACAGAACUACAACAAGAGGCUGAAAGAUGACAUCAGGUCCAUCCUGGACAACUUCACAGAGAUUAUCAAAACAGCAAAGAUAGAGGAUGAGACACAGGUUUCCAGGGCAACCCAAGCAGAGCAGGACCAUUAUGAGAUGCACGUCAGAGCAGCAAACAUUGUACGAGCUGGUGAGUCCCUCAUGAAGCUGGUGUCCGAUCUGAAGCAGUUCCUGAUUCUGAACGACUUUCCCUCGGUGAACGAUGCCAUCAGCCUCCAGAACCAGCACCUCCGCUCGCUGCAGGAGGAGUGUGACAAGAAGCUCACCUCGCUCCGUGACGAGAUCGCCAUCGACCUGUAUGAGCUAGAGGAAGAAUAUUACUCCUCCAGGUACAAGUAGGCUCAUACUUGCCCCCCAUCCCACCGCCAUCUAAACCUCUUGGGUUGAAUUUAUCUCAUCGUCACAUCCAUACGGUACCAUUCAUCAACACAGAUCAUUGCUAAAGGUCGUUGUGAUGAAGAUCAUCUCACUAAGUGACGUUCUUAUUGAUUAGUAAGUGCCUUGACGUUUUUUCUGCUCUGUGGCAUGUGUCAUAUUUGGUCAAAGUACAGAGGACUUCAGCAGGACUGCAGGUAUACGACUGAAUAUUAGCUUUAGCUGUGAACUACUGCAGCUCAACAUGUGUUUAAGAGCCUUCAAUGCAGUUUACAGAUGCAGUUUGAAAGCCAGAUGGCUUUUCUGGCGACAAGGAUAAAUUUCCAUAAAUUCAGAACCGAAAGCCUCAGCGUUGAUCCACUUCUGGGUUAAUUUCUAAAUGGCUAUCAGACUUUUGGUUUCCUCGUCUGCAGCGUCCAUUAGGCUUUAGAGUUUUUAUCAAAUAUUGUCAUGCACAUUGGAGAGAUGCAUGGUUUGGUGGAAUUUCAGUAAUGUGGCCUUUGCUCCUAGUUUAGUUACUAUAAUAUUUUAAAUUGAAGUAAUGACCAGAGUUCAUUAAACCCCAUGUAGGCAACCUCUUUUAUUCUAAAAGAGGUUGCCUACACAGUUAAAGAACUAUUUCAGAAUAAAGAUUUUAUAGAUGUAUCAUUCAUUUUUAUUGAAGAUUAUUUAUAUGUAAUACUUAAAUCAUGAAAUGAAAUAAUGAUGACCUAUAUAGUAGAUUUUAAAGAUAGAGUUUGGAUGAAUGUUUGGCAUGAACUGUAAAAUUAGACAUGACUAUUUGCUGUUAUUUAUUCAAGGUGAAAUCUGGAACUACUGAGAGUUUUUCAAGUAGACAUUUUCUCCCUGUAAGAGCGAUUUAGGUACCAUAAUCAUUUUGAAUUGAUUCCGUCCUUAAGACCACAAGUAACUCGAGCUGUAAUCAUGCGAGUGGUGUUAAUCACACAUGGUGUGGUUGUACUUGUGUACCAGAUUGUGCCAGCUGUUCCAGCAGACCCAGAAUGAUUAAGAAAUAAAGUAGAGACAAAACACUGUA